GCGUACCGCAGUGCCGUACUGCAGGGGCGCAGUGCACUGCGCCGCACCGUCAAUAGGUGGACCCCCUCCCGGAGAGAUAAAACCGCCGGCGCCAACGUCGCCAGUCCCUCUGGCUGAGACCGCGGCUCCGGCCCCACAGAAGCACUGCUCGGCAGCCCCCUCACCCCAAGUCAGAGCGCCCCAGGUUGUGCUGACUCCCCCACACCUGGGCAGAAUGGGGAAGGAGAAGACCCACAUCAAUAUUGUGGUCAUCGGCCACGUGGACUCAGGCAAGUCCACCACAACUGGCCACCUCAUCUACAAAUGCGGGGGCAUUGACAAGAGGACCAUUGAGAAGUUUGAGAAGGAGGCAGCCGAGAUGGGGAAAGGUUCCUUCAAGUAUGCCUGGGUACUGGACAAGCUGAAGGCAGAGCGUGAGCGUGGCAUCACCAUUGACAUCUCCCUGUGGAAGUUCGAGACCACCAAGUACUACAUCACCAUCAUUGACGCCCCGGGCCACCGCGACUUCAUCAAGAACAUGAUCACCGGCACAUCCCAGGCUGACUGUGCAGUGCUGAUCGUGGCUGCGGGCGUGGGAGAGUUCGAGGCCGGCAUCUCCAAGAACGGGCAGACACGGGAGCAUGCUCUGCUGGCCUACACACUGGGUGUGAAGCAGCUCAUCGUGGGUAUCAACAAGAUGGACUCCACGGAGCCACCCUACAGUGAGAAACGUUAUGACGAGAUCGUCAAGGAGGUCAGCGCCUACAUCAAGAAGAUCGGCUACAACCCAGCCACUGUGCCCUUUGUGCCCAUCUCCGGCUGGCACGGUGACAACAUGCUGGAGCCCUCUCCCAACAUGCCGUGGUUCAAAGGCUGGAAAGUGGAGCGCAAGGAAGGCAACGCCAGUGGCGUGUCCCUGCUGGAGGCCCUGGACACCAUCCUGCCCCCCACACGCCCCACCGACAAGCCCCUGCGCCUGCCACUGCAGGAUGUGUACAAAAUUGGCGGCAUCGGCACGGUGCCCGUGGGCCGUGUGGAGACAGGCAUCCUGCGCCCUGGCAUGGUGGUGACCUUCGCGCCCGUGAAUAUCACCACGGAGGUGAAGUCAGUGGAGAUGCACCAUGAGGCGCUGAGCGAGGCCUUGCCUGGCGACAACGUCGGCUUCAACGUGAAAAACGUGUCUGUCAAGGACAUCCGCCGGGGAAAUGUGUGCGGGGACAGCAAGUCGGACCCACCACAGGAGGCUGCCCAGUUCACCUCCCAGGUCAUCAUCCUGAACCACCCUGGGCAGAUCAGCGCCGGCUACUCACCGGUCAUCGACUGCCACACAGCCCACAUUGCCUGCAAGUUUGCGGAGCUGAAGGAAAAGAUAGACCGGCGCUCCGGCAAGAAGCUGGAGGACAACCCCAAGUCCCUGAAGUCAGGCGACGCAGCCAUUGUGGAGAUGGUCCCGGGAAAGCCCAUGUGUGUGGAGAGCUUCUCCCAGUACCCGCCUCUCGGCCGCUUCGCUGUGCGCGACAUGCGGCAGACGGUGGCCGUGGGCGUCAUCAAGAACGUGGAGAAGAAAAGCGGCGGGGCCGGCAAGGUCACCAAGUCCGCACAGAAGGCGCAGAAGGCGGGCAAGUGAAGCGCGGGCGCCCGCGGCGCGGCCCCCCCCGGCGGCGCCGCGCCCCGCCCCCGGCCCCGGCCCGGCUCCCGGCGCGGCCCCGGCGCCCCGCUCCCCCGCCAGGCGCAUGUCUGCACCUCCGCUUGUAAGAGGCUCUACGUCAGCGACUGGAUGCUCGCCAUCAAGGUCCAGUGGAAGUUCUUCAAGAGGAAAAACGUCUUCCCCCCCGCCCCCCAGGCUUCCGCGUCCAGCGCCCGCCGCGCUCAGUGUCCGUUUUACCAAUAAACUGAGCAACCCCGGAGCCGGUGUGCGCCUGUG